AUGUACCGAUCAGCGGCGAGACGGCUGCUCCCGACGGUUCUCCGCCGUGGAGGUCAUUCCUCUUCUGGACCUUUUCCUGUCGGAGUAGUUAGUACAUCGCCAUUUUCCACUGAUGCUACCUCCGGAAAUCUUCCCAACCCAAACCCUAAUCAUUUCAGCUCAUCCACAUCACCCUCGCCGCCGUCCACGGCUAGUGCCGGCGACGAAAAGACGCGGUCCGAUGAGUUCCGGGGCCACAGAGCCAAGGCCCGGCCUAAAGCUCACUGGCAGGAGGAACAGGCGCGUGUGCUCCAUGCCUCUCUCCGCCACGUGAUUAGAUUAGGGUGGAGUGAUGCCGCCAUGAUUGCUGGAGCUAGGGAGGUUGGCGUGUCUCCUUCUAUUGUCGGAUCUUUUCCCCGAAAGGAAGCUGCAUUAGUUGAGUUUUUCAUGGAUGAUUGCCUGCAAAGGCUGAUUGACGUGAUCAACAUGAAAGAGGAUUUGCAGAGCUUGAUCCCUAGCCAGCGUGUAGCGAAACUUCUUAGAAUUCGCUUGGAGAUGCAAGCUCCCUACAUUUCCAAGUGGCCUCAAGCACUAAGCAUACAGGUGCAACCCUGGAAUAUACCAACUAGCUUAAGACAACGAACAAUGCUUGUCGAAGAGAUUUGGCAUACAGCUGGUUACGAGGCCACUAAUAGUGAUUGGCAUGCCAAGCGUGCGGUACUUGGUGGGAUUUACUCAGUAGUUGAACUCUACAUGCUCACUGAUACCUCCCCAGAUUUUCAGAACACAUGGACUUUUAUGGACAGACGGAUUAAAGAUGCCUUUGAUUUUAGAAAGUCUGUUCAAGAGGCAAAAUACUUGGCAGAAGCAGUGGAAGCCGGGAUUGGAAGUUCUCUACAAGGAUUUGCCAGGAAAAUUCUACAUGGUUGA